ACAAUUUAUUAUCAUGUCGUAUGUAGUUAAAAUAACCAAAAAACAAUGAACGUCGGCUUUUCUGCGAGAUAAAAACCGCGGAAACGCGAGUGACAAAGGUGCUAGAAAGAGACAGAAGCACCAGGCAGAAACCGCGCGCGCGGGCUACAUAUAAAUAUAGUGGAUCGAUAUCAGCUGCUCAAUCGAUUUGCCGACGGUGCCACACGCUGAAGCUAACUAACCAUCCUCACACAGUAGCCUUUGUGUCUGUCUGUCGGUCCCGCGAAACCCAUCUAAUCUGGCUAAGUUCAAAAAAUUUGUUGCCAAAUACCACCGAACGAACUGUUUCGUUUCCAAGUCAGACAAGGUAUACUUGAGAUUUAUUUUCGGGUAUUAUUCUAUGUACCAUAAGUCCUACACUUAAUUCGAUUGUCUUACUCGUGCACGGUCCAGGUCAAAGAAUUGCAGCAAGAUGCCUGAUUUGAUUACCAAGAUCGAAACAACUGGAUACUCCAAUGAGCUUGGGAGGAUCGCCAGGAAACUCUCUUCCCCCAAUGUAGGACUCUUCCGGCAGCUGAGAGGCAUUAGCGUCGUCUAUGGGGAUUUAAGAGACCUAUCGCCUAAGGUGCGUCUCUAUGUGGAAGAAAAUGUCGAUCUCUGCAAACCAGACAACAUCCACAUCUGUGAUGGAACUGACGAAGAAAAUAACCAUCUGCUCAAGAUUAUGCAGAAGCAAGGAACCAUUAUACCUUUGCCAAAAUAUGAAAACUGCUGGCUAGCAAGAACAAAUCCUGCAGAUACAGCCCGAGUAGAAUCCAAAACCUUCAUUUGUACUGAAAACAAGUCUGAUACCAUCCCAUCACCCAAAGAAGGUGUAAAAGGUCAAUUAGGCAACUGGAUUUCACCAAAGGAUAUGCAAGAUGCUGUAAAACAGAGAUUCACGGGCUGCAUGAAAGGAAGGACUAUGUAUGUGGUGCCAUUUUCUAUGGGACCGCUUGCAUCUCCUCUUUCCAAAAUUGGUGUGGAGAUCACCGAUUCCCCAUACGUAGUAGCCUCUAUGAGAAUCAUGACCCGAAUGGGUAAACCCAUCUCUGAGAAACUUCAAACAACAGGCGGAGAGUUCGUAAAGUGUCUCCAUUCGGUCGGAGCUCCAGCCACAGGUUUUGUGGAGAGUUCGCAGUGGCCCUGUGAUCCGGAACGCACUAUUAUCCUGCACAAACCCGCUCAAAAUGAGAUUGUGAGCUAUGGGAGUGGCUAUGGAGGAAACUCGUUGUUGGGCAAGAAAUGUUUUGCAUUGAGGAUCGGGUCUACCAUCGCUAGGAGAGAAGGAUGGCUAGCUGAACAUAUGCUGAUCUUGGGUAUCACAAAUCCUCAAGGAAAGAAACGUUACAUAGUCGCUGCUUUUCCAUCUGCAUGUGGUAAAACUAAUUUGGCCAUGAUGAGGCCCACUCUGCCAGGCUAUAAAAUCGAAUGUGUUGGAGAUGACAUUGCAUGGAUGAAGUUUGACAAGAAUGGACAACUGAGGGCUAUCAAUCCUGAGAAUGGCUUCUUUGGAGUUGCACCAGGCACAUCAAGAGCCAGUAAUCCCAUAGCAAUGGAUACCGUGUUCAAGAACACCCUCUUCACCAACGUAGCUUUGACCAAUGAUGGAGGUGUAUAUUGGGAAGGAUUGGAAGACGAAACGCCCAAAGAUGCCAAAAUAACUGAUUGGAGGGGUAAAGCCUGGGUUAGAGGUCAUGACAGCACACCUGCAGCUCAUCCCAAUUCAAGGUAAAUAGACCACGGGUCAACUAAGAACUAUUCAAUGUUUCUUCGACUCUAAGAAUACACCACAAAAACAAUAUUCAAUGCGACGGUUCAAAAUAUUCUCAGGAAAUAAUGAAAUCAAGCUACCAUCAAGAUAAUCUUGCACUUCUGAGCUUAUUUUGAGUUUCUCGCCACUCUUGGCUUGUAUUUUGCCAAACUUCAUUCCCAAUUUUUUGAUACGCCAUUUAACUUUUUCUUAGGUUCUGUACUCCAGCUAAGCAGUGUCCCAUAAUUGACCCAGCUUGGGAGGACCCAGAGGGAGUACCAAUCUCCGCCAUUUUGUUCGGAGGAAGACGCCCCCAUGGAGUUCCUUUGGUAUACGAAGCUAGGAAUUGGAAACAUGGAGUAUUUGUUGGUGCUGCAAUGAGAUCAGAAGCUACUGCUGCAGCUGAACACAAGGUACACGAAUUGCAGACAUCAAUUCUUCAACAGUUCUUACUGCUUCCACAUUUUAGCGCUAAACCCAUUAAAAUUGCUUUUUUCUAAUAAAGAAUAUGUGGGCUAAGAUAUUUGACGACCAUAACCAAUACUAAAAACUAACAACUAACUCCACACCCGCUUGGCUAAAGGAAUAUACUAGGUCAAGCGAUUUAGGUUUUCCAGAUUGGAAUUAAUUAAUUAAUUAUUGCAAAAUGAAGCACAAGAUAUUGGGCGUAUAAAAAUAGUCAGAAUACUCAGAGACUUGACGUUAGUUUAAUUUUUAAGGAAUGUCCACGGGAAAACAUCUACUGGAGUCAUUUCUGGUGAUCCUGAUGGUCAUGCAAUAUCACUAAUGCGAGACAACAACUUUUUUGAAAACAGCUCAGGAAAUUGAAACAUAAUGACCUUUGACGUGUCGCAAACCGUGCUUAAACCGUGUCCGUAAGCUGGCAUUUGUACUGUGUUAUCAUCACGCCUCUCGCAUUUCCAAGAAAAUGAUCCCAUUAUUUGCGAUGGUGAUAUUUCGUGGCCACUGCGAUGACCAUAUUUGACAUCCAUCGACUCUGCGGCGUACGCUAAUACUCAAAAGAAUAUUGCUGAAAAUAUCUGGGACUUCAGCAUGUUAUGUAAAAUGCGAUAAAUAUGUUACAUGAAUGCCUGCUAUGGAAUGGAGGAUGUCUAGGUAACGUUAUCCUUAAAAAUAAAGUUCACACAUCUGCUACUUCAAUUUCAAUAAUAACUAACAUUGUUAAUUUGAAUUGGCCACCCUAAAUUUUAUCUGUACUUUUAUGUACCUUCAGCUGAAUAACAUAAUACCAAUUGAUUUGAAAAGUUUCUGGACUCUACAUGAAAAAAGAUUAGUUGAUCUCUGAAAAUAUGUUUAUUCUUCGAUAUAGUCAUCCUUAAGUUCAAUAUAUUUUUACUAGUAAUUUUCUAUUGGAUUUAUAUCUUCCCUGUGAUUCUCUGGAAACUCUUCAAAGUCCCCGUCUACGGCAGUAAAUACUUCUACACUUGGAGCUCGUAAAACAGCAAAGUAAAUAAAUCUGGAGGUGCUAAGUCUGUUUGAUAGGAUAGGGUUUCAAGCACCUAAAAAUAUCAUCAUCUGAUUUUUUGUCUCGAUGGAAUAAGAUUUUUGUCUUCUGUAAACCUGAUCUUUUCUCCCGAGUUUCGACAGACAGAUUGUCUAAAAUAAUCCUAUACAACCAUAUUCUGCUGUUAUAGUUCCAAUUGUUUGCAGUGACCUAUUAACAACUUUGCUUACUUAGGGUUCAAUCCACUCUACGGUUUGACGUCGCAAUUUAGGCUCAUAUCGGUGAACCCAAGUCUCAUCCAUAAUUAUAUAGAUAUAAUAUAUUACAAGUUAAUCAGUUGUUUCCCAUGCAAACUGAUCUAGAUGUCGUUGGGGAAUUUUUAUUCGAAUUCAUCUUUGAUCCAACGUUGACGAAUCCACGUUGCGAACAGCUUUCUAGACCCUAAUUCAUUUUUUUAAAUACGAAAGACAGAUUUAUUUGAGAUGCUCAGAGCCUCAGCAAUUUCAGACUUAGUCGGUUUAUUUAAUCAGUGAAUAUUUUUAAAAUGUUUCCAUUUAGCCCAUUUAGAGUGCAAUACAUAAGUAAUUAAUUUACGUAUUCCUGCCCUGGUCGCGGUAUUUCUUUAUUGAUUUUAAAUAAUUUCUUCUCCAUAAAAUAGUCUCUUGGCUGUCCAUCAAAAUACUAUUUCUGCCCCGUUUUCUAUACUCAAAAUGAUGUUCUUUGAGUCAGCUAUAGAAUGUGGUCCUUUUGAAAGUCGGUAAGCCUUCACCACUAUUAACCUCCUGUAAUACUUUGUCUGUGGUGGGAAGCUCCUGACUUGAAAAAAAUUGAUGGACUUUGCGUCUGUUGGCUUUCCGAUCAAAGUUAUCAACUACAGGGUGCGGCAGAGAGGAUGGACGGUUUUAAAAAAAUCAUAAAAUAGUUAAUGUUUACUCAAAAACAAAUUUAUUGAUGGAAUCAGGUUCACAAGGAAAUAGCAUUUGAGACAGUCAAGUGUGGAAAAUCACAUCAGGCAUGUGGUGUCCGAAAUCGUUGAUGCAGUGCUGGAGGCGCUCUUGGAAGUUCGCGUAGACUCUCUCCAACAUCGCUCUCUCAACUUGGGCGACUUCCACGCGAAUUUCGCCCUUCAAUUCGUCCAGAGUUCGGGG